AUGGGGUACACCGAAGUUCUUACGACAGUGAUAAAGUUCAAGAAGUCAUGCCUUCCUCCACAAUGGAAUGGUCUCUUUACUCUUCUUUUCAAGGGCUUAUCGGAGAGGGUUGCAGGGUCUGACGGGGCAAGCAAAGCAUUUAUGACUCUCCUCUAUGGUCUUUACUAUGGGAUCAACAUGGACUAUGGGUCUAUUCUCUGGACUCAACUGGUACAAAGCCUAACCUCAUCUUCUCGUUAUUCUGAAAUCUCUUGUGGCAGGUUUUGGACCUUAGUUACUCAAUGGGCAAUGGAGAAAUUUCACAUUCCAGUAAUGGCAGACUCUUUGAAGUCAUCAAUCGCCACUUUUCACAGGACAAAGAUUAUUGUCUCUGAUCCAACCAAAUUUCUGUUCAUCAGUUUGAUUCCUGAGACAAUGUACCACUGUGUUUCUGGGGAAAGCAAGCUCAUUCGUGAAUACAAGAAGCUUCCUCCUACGGGUCCGAGGCAGCUAACCCCUGAAAUGCAAAGAUCGUUGGAUGCUGCUGAUAAACCAGCGAAACGAGGAAAGAAGGGUGAUCAACGAAAAAACGAGAAGGAAGGACCAUCAUCUAAAGCUGCUAUGCCUAAAAAGCGAAAGUCAGAACAAGCAGCUCCUUUCGCUUAUAAGAAGCGAAAGAUCAAGAAGAAGGCGCCCAAGCCAAAGGCUCCGUCUUCAAGUGAUUCAGAAUAUGUUCCCUUUGACCAACAACCCGAAAGAGAGUCAAGCAAUAGUGAACAUUCUCAAGAUGAGAGUUCGCUCAGAGGAGAUUCGCCUCCACCUUCACCGGCUGAUCAGGUUAACCGAAACUCACCUCCUUCCUCUCCUACUCGCUCUGUUCCUAUAACUAUUGCUCCAUGCCCUCCUCCAAUCUUUUCUACAACUGUAACUUCUAAACCAAUACCAACACCCUUAUUCAUCAAAAUUACCACCACUACCACUACUCCAACCGAACCUCAAGUUCGUGUCAACGUAUCUGAUACGGGGGCACCUACUUCAGGGACCGAAACCCCGAUUACCUCUAAACCUCUAUCUCCACCUCACUCAAAUGAAUCUGACACCGUUAUCGGUGGUGAGGAUGCUGACUUUGAUUCCUUUUAUUUUAGCCCCUACAGAGUUCAGAGUGAUGAUGAUGAUGAUGCUCCUGUAACGAAACGGCAUUUAAAGGAUCUUAACGAGAAACUUGACAAGCUUAUUGCCUCUGCAUCUUCCUCUUCUACUACUGAAUACAUAGAAGCAGCGGUCAAGGCCCUGUUCUCUACUCUGGUCAAAGAGCAUCAGGACUCGAUUGAAAAAGCUACCAAAGCUGUGGAUGCUUCUACUACUUCUUGUCAGAAAGCGGCUGAAAAUGUUGACAAAAUAAUCUACGAUGCUCAAGUGUUUUUGGACUCUCUCCAGGCAGCUGCUCAAAAGAAUGCCAAUAUGGUUAAUGCUACGAUUAAGGAUCUCACCACUACGCUUCAGGAGGAGCAUAAGCAUUUUGAAAGCAUUAGAAAGGGGAUUCAAGCUGAUAAUGCAGAGUUCGUAUCUUCAGUUAAGGCUCGUCUUGAUCAACUCCAGACCGGGCUAGCUGUGGAAAGCAAAGUCAUGGAUGAACUGGAUCGUCGCACUGCUCAACUCAAAACUCAGACCUUGAAGCUCACUCUGGCGACCAAGGAAAUUGAUGAUCUCAAAUCUGAAAGAGCAGUUAUCAAAAGCUGUGUUGGUGAUGUGCACUCUCUUUUUUCCAAUCUCCUAGAGGCACAUGAUUCGGUUCUUACUCUCACUGUCCCACGACAUUUGGCUGAGAAGUUGAGACCUGCUCUUGAAAUUUUAAGCCGAAUAGAAGGUGUUCCGGGGACUGUUGUCCCUCCGAAACAAGGGGGAGAAGCAAGUCAGGGUCAACCACCACAACCUCCAACAAGCAAACCAAUUCAAAUCUCUUCUCAACUGAAAGUCACCACUGAACCGAAGGGUAAUGAAGCUUCGGGUUCUAGUGUGAAGGACAAAAACAAAAAGAUAGUCAGUGAUAGUGAUGAGGAAGAAACUGAAGAAGAUGCUCUCAAAAGAAAGCAACGUGACCGAGAGAUUGAUGAAAAUCUUCGCAUCGCAAGAGAAGAAGAAGAGAGGGAAAGAAAAAGAAAAGAAUCUCAUGACGCAUUGGAAAGUAGAGAAACUCUAUUUCCUUCGUGGACAUUGGAGAAACUCUUAAAAGAAGCAAUCGAGUCUCCUAGCACUCACUGGCUUGAACCGGUCAUCUCCUUUGAUCGUGAAAAUUCCAGAGACUCUCAGUUCGACAUGCUUAUCACCCGAAAGGCAUUUGUGUUUCAUUGCUUUGAACCAAUCGCCAUUGUUCCUUGUCCUGACCCGAAGGUUGACCAAGAAUUAAUUGACUACUAUCUCGCAUUCUCUCAACCACAAUACUUGACCUGGAGCGCACAAAAGAUCACAACAGUCAAGGUAUUGAAACCAACUUCAGCGGGGAAUUUUAUAAUCGUGAAGUUAGUGACCCGAGGUUCUGACAACUCGGUUCAUAUGAUUUCUCUUGUUGAUCUGCCGAACUUAAACCCACACGACUGGAUCCUCUUGAACAACAUUUUGCUAACUGAUCAACAGCAGUACGAGCCUAUCAUCGAUCACAUCAAGCGAAUGUUAGUUUCUUACAUUCAUGAGGUUGCCAAGAUGGAUCAAGAGAUCGCCUCUGCCUUAAGGAAGAAGCCUACAAUCAGACCAAUUGGGAAGGCAAGCGAUGUUAACAAGAUGCAGAUGGGUAGAAUUGACCCGAAGUAUCACACAGUCAUGUUCACCAGAGCCGAAGGCCAAAAGUGCUUUUUCGCUCUUGAUGAUAAACAUCUGUUCUCCACUUCUUGUCUGGAGCACAUUCUUGACAUCAUUCACAGGUGUAAGCAAAACAGUGAUGCUGAUAAGAAAAAAUUUUCGGAUAUGCUUCGGUGGUAUAUUGACUUCCGUCAAACUCUUCUCGCCAUCAUACCGAAGCUAUUCAAGACUGUGAAGAAAUCUACUCUCACUCAACCGAAAUGA